CACGGAGAGGAUGCUGCACUUACGAGAAUAUUAGUGGGAAUAAACAGGUUUAGGAGACUGACGUCGUAGAGCGAGGAUUAACGUUUCUUUGUACUCAGGGGCUUGGGCAACAGUUGUUCAUCCGUCUCUCUUUGUCUCUGGCUCUCCCUGGCUAUGGCCGUUCGUUCUUCUGGAUCUUUCUCUGUCAUCAGGCGCUGAUUUCAGGGGCUCAGAUGCAGGGGAUGACACUCUUGGGCCUGGAGAUGAUUGUCAAACUCUGAAUUGCGAGGUUCUGUUUAGACUGCAGUGCAUGUGGACAGUGCAAUCGAGCAGUUGAAAGGGAGGAGGGAGGGAGUCAUGUAGGUGGGAAAAGCGCGAGAGCAGUACGACAGGAUUUCUAUCUUUCUGUGCAGUAUGCAGUUGCACCCUAGAUGACUAUCGACGCGUUUUCUGGUCGAUGAAUUGGGCAUUCCUGUCUGAUUGUUAGAUAGGUAGAUCGUGAGACAUUUUUCCUUCCUAUUGGAAAGUCACCCAGCGGUUUCUUUCUUUUGAUUGUCAAGCGGACGUAUAUGCUGGUUGUGAGUUAUGCUGGACUCAACACUUCUCGAGAGCAAAGGCACUCCAGGUCAAGUAGCAGGCAAAGAUGGAGUGCCGUCACUAACAGCUCCGAAAAUCCUUGAUGAAGUAUUCGUUGAUGAGGUCGUGUUGACGACUGUCAAGGAUAGAGCUGACGAGAAAUUUCUGCCUUCAACGGAAGAUGCAAAUAUUGAGAUGAACUCGUUGUCAGUUGCGGAAGCAGAUCCAUCUCAAAACUUUCUGAAUGACGACGAGCACAUGAUUCACUUUGAUGGUGACAUGGAUCAAGAAUCAGAUACAGAUGAUGAUUCGGAUGAGAAAGAUGGAUCAACAGCUCUGCUUGAAGAUUCCGAUCCAACAGCUCAGAAGAGGAAUUUACUUGCACGUUUAAAGGUUGUGGAAGCCAUGCUUCAGCAAGUGGCAAAAGAGGAACAAUUGCGAACUCAACGAGAAGCCUCAUUUACUAAAGCAGGCACCAACAAUAGAGUCAUCUCUACUUCCCCUGUCCUCGCUGAAAACGGAGUCGAUCAUAAAAGACAGAGGCGGCCAAAUCCGAAGUACUUUGACGCAGAGAUAGACGCUGAGUUCCAAAUAUCUGGAAGCUCUCUACUAGCCCGUGCUUCCUUUGGAGAGGGCGGAACAGGGGUUGUCAACAUUCCUGACUCCCAGCCAUUGCAAAAUGGAGAAAAUACUACAACAGCUGCAGUUACAAGCAUAUCACCACCAGAUUACCUGAAUCGCAUACGUCCACCCAUGAUUCAGCGAGCUCGGACCGCGCUUGCACAAAAACAUCGUGUGUUUUCUCUGUCCGAGAGCUCAACGGUGGCAGUGAAAACUGAUAGUAAUCUGGAUAAUUUAUCAAUUAGAGAGCUACAUGAGGCUUACAGGAAAGCUUUUGGUAGAGAUACGUCUGUAAAAGAUAAGCACUGGUUGAAACGUCAAAUCUUCAUGGGUUUGAGCAAACAGAAUGCAACUAGCAAUGGCAAGGAAAAUAAUCGAUCAAAGUCUACGUUGACCGACUCCAACUUGAAAUCUAGGGCGGAAAAGAUCUCUUCUGCAGAAGCGCCUCUUGUGACGUUCUCCACUGUUGGUGUCAAUGGGAAGAGGAAGAGCAAGGGAACCGAGGCAAUUUUCAGUCCUCAUGAAUGUAAGAAGGCACACCGGAAGACACUAUCCUUGUCAGGACUAUCACCCUUGAAUUCUCCAAAUCCAGGAAUUACUGGGGAUUGCAGCGGAGGAACCAAUCAAGAGGGAACUCUCAGUGUGGUGCAGACUUCUGGAAGUUUGGUUGGGGAAAAGAGAAUUCGAAAACCGAACCGCAGAUAUAUCGAGGAUGAAGGAGAUGAAUCCCUGGGACUCGCUGCUAAUGGUAGCAGGUCAGUACUUAGUACACUUCCAGACGCUGGGAAUGGGCUUCGGUCUGCUCCGCUAAGAUUAUCUUGGAAGAAUGAUGCGGAAGUUGUUGAGGCUGAGAGCAAAAUCAACGUAAUUAGAAAUAAAAGCCUACGAGCUUCGACGCGGUCAACGUCUUCGAUCCGAUCGACAUCUUCUAAUGGAAGACGCAGCAAGCAUGGCAACAACGGCAUCCAAAAGAAAAAGAUUGAUUCGCGGGCUGCAAAGCUUGUGAAAAUAGCACAUUCUGCCCGAGCUGCCCGGCUUGAUAUACAGAAAACAAUCCGCAAAGUGAAGUUUAGGUUACCAGCAGCUCCUGGUCAGGAAAAGGGUGAGGUGUUAAACGGUGGAGAUGGAGAACAGGUAUCGUGUUUGCUGCCGGUACGAAUCGACGAAACCAUAGGAGACCAUGAACUGCUAAAUUCUCAGUAUCAAACCAGAUCGGAAUCAAAUGAUGAACAGGCUGUGGUGACAGUGCCCACAGCCAAUGGCGGCACACGCCGUAAACAUCAUAGACCUUGGACCCUUCGGGAGGUUCUUACCCUCGUGGAAGGGGUAGCUCGAUGUGGGGGUGGGAAAUGGGCUGAUAUAAAGAAGCUGGCAUUUUCCACCGUUAGUUAUCGUACAGCGGUUGAUUUAAAGGAUAAAUGGCGCAACCUUUUACGAGCGAGUAGAGCCCAGUUACACCCUCCCAAACAGGGAGAAACGCGCAAGAAGCAGUUUUCUGCUGCCAUACCGUCGCAGCUACUUGCCAGAGUGAGGGAACUAGCUGCUCUCAAUAACCAAGCUGUAUCAAACGUCAGUGCAGGAAGUAGCACUAGCAGAAGUGGACGAGUUGUACAUAGAAGAUAACACCUACCUAAAGAGGCGGAGGUCUUAGCAAAGAUGUAUAUGUAGUUCAAUCAUGUAUAUGUGUAUGUACACUAUUCAGCUUCCUCAUAAAUCACUUACUACAGCAUAUUUCACUCAAAGAUGUAGACCUUAUCUUCCACUUGUACUAUAAUUAGUGUAGUAUGGCACCAUGUAGCGCCAGGUAGAGCUCGAGGAUGCCCGGGAAUGAUAGAUACCCUGCUUUUGGUUUCAGUAAACAGAUGACGGACCUCAGUUCCGUACUGUGAUGUGCUCAAAUUGGUUAGCUUUCAUAUACAGAAGCCAUGUGAUACACAUCAUUUUUGUUUUGAUUAGUAAGAUAUUACUAUAUCUCUAUAAAGUGUCCCA